GCUACAUAGCGCUGUCUCGGGCAGGGGCUCUAUUCAGACAUGAAGUUCGAUGGUCUAUGGGUCAUAUUCGUGGGGAGUCUUUUAUGUAAUAGUCCAGUAAUCGAUGCCGUUACGAAAUACGCAUGUGUGAGUUUCAAUGGUGGAAUAGGCAGGGGUAUUAACGCGGGUUAUGGCGGACUAGGUGAUGGUGGUUUUGGUUUUGACAGUUCCCAGAAUUCCGCAUCCUCCGAGGAGUUUGGAAUGGAUAUCGGGGGAUACGGAGCAGUCCAGCAUGGAAUAUCUCCCCCCGGAUCCCUACAGGGCGGGGCCAAUCCAAGCUCUUUCUCCCCGGGAACAUCUCCAUUGGAAGUAAUGCAGGGAGCAGGGGGGUUAUCUGCGCAGAACACGGGAGUCGGCACUGUUUCCGGUCUCCCCAACACUGCUGCCAGCCUAGGCGGAGCCUCUCACAUUCAGCAAAGUCCCAACACUGCUGGUAUGAUGGGACAUAUGCCGGUAAACAAAGUCGCACCGGGACAUCCGGGCGUUUUCUUGUCCGGAAGUCUGUCCUGUACUGAUCGUCCGGGGACCACCAUAUUAAUAACGAAGCUGGUUUACGGCAAUGGUGGUAUCUAUUCGUGUUCCUCGCCAGACCAGAACUGUGAUAUCGUGGACUAUAAAGAUCAAGAAAUCACCCCGUUUUGUGAUGGUCAGGUUAAAUGUAUGGUUAGGACCACGGGAAAGCUGUUGCCAGGCUGUAGUGUUACCAGCAAUUUUGUUCACAUAGAGUACGAAUGCAUAAAUCCUUGGUCUUCUUUUGACAUCUGCAAGGACCUAAAGAAGGUCGUUAGUCAACCGGAAGUGUUUAUCAUGUCACCUAGCUUCUUUCAAGGAGAAUCACCGCCAUCUAAAACGUGCGAGUGCAUUCUGAAGGGUCGUUAUGACAACCGCAUCAUGGCCCAGUACGUCCAUACAGAUAUAUACCAGGCAUCCAAUCAAUCGUGUACGGAAAGUUCUGUCCUUUUUGAAAGUAAAUUGAGUCCCAACCAGACGGAACUGGAUAAGACGACGGAAGUGUGCGGCAGACGAUCUCUGAACAAUUACUUGUACAGGGGCGAUCUCAGAAUCACUUUCAAAGAUGUCGAUUCCGGAUCGAAAAGCGGAUUUGUUUCAAAAUUACUCGUUCCAUCCGUCGGUAUCGGAGUGCAAAAUGAAAUAGCGAUGGAAUGUGGACCCGUGCGCUUACCCGGAGAGCCCACCCCGUCUCCAGACAUGGUCAAUCAGAACCACGGAGGAAUGCCGAGCCCCUUUGGUCCAUUUUCGCCCAUGGGAUCGAUGAAUCCACAAUUUCAGCAAUCACCGAGGAUACCAGCCCCUCCCGUCUUCGAGGGAAUCCAGACACAGGGCAACGCAUGGGGCGUGCCGCCUCGGGCUAUGGCUUCAGGGCCCAUGAACUGGGGAGGGGUUCAGAACUGGGGAGGCCCACCCUUUCCCCACCCGAGAUUUACAUCCGGGACUCAGGACGCCCAGUCGACGACUAGCGCUCCCCCGGCGGCCUGGUCCAGGAACCAGAAUCCACCCGCCCAACGACAGAACAACCAUCAGGUACACUUCAUGGGCGGUAACCGGAGGGCCACACCGGCUCCAGUAGCACCCAAUCCGUACGGUGUAACAAUAAACAACGCACAGAAUAGAGGGCAUAAUCCCAGGAGGUCAAGGUUCGAGGGCAAAGACGUUGUCAUAGAAUCUAAAGACAAGUCGACCGAAAAAACAGCAAACAACAUGGUGGGAUACAUUAUUGGUGGAAUCGGUGCUGUGAUGACGGCGUUUUGCGCUUUGUUUAUCUCCAUCUACUGCACAAGAAGAAGGCAAAGAAUUCUGGAGAGAAGAGCAUCAGAAAGAUCACAGGGAGGAGAAUCACCAAUAUACUCCUUGUCGUCUGCUGAGGAUCACGUGCAUCCAAUGAAAAAAUGCGGUGAUGGUCACGUGAACGAAGCUUUUGACGACAGUGGCGCUAGUGGAGAGCCCAAUGAGGGGUCGGUAUGCUUCGAAAACGUAGAUCUGAAUGAAGAUAAUUAUCUGUCGCUAGAAGAAGUGGAGGAAGGAAGACAGGUGGAAGAUGGCGUGUCUUCCGUUGACAAUGUGGAGGUUCCAUUAGAAGAAAGGGUUGAUUCCAAGUACUGUCUUGUCCACGAAACAAAGACAGAGUAUGACAACAAUGUGUAAAUAUUUUGGACUCAUUUUUGUGCUAAAUUUAAACAAAACAUUCUUUAGAAGUAUCUCCUAUGAUAUUUUGGGUAUUUGUGAUCAUUUGAUUCUAUUAAACUAAUAAACGAAAGAUAUUUACUUUA